CGAAUAAAAUAUAAAUGAGAAAAAAGUGAGGCAGAAGAAGUACAGGUCUGGCAGAAUUUAUUAGAAUGAUUUUUCUAUUUCUGUGAGUCUGCCAUCGCAGGAUUUCUACGGAAGAAAAUUAAUGGCAUCGCUAACAGGGUGACACCUCCUCCAGAAGUUUGACGAUUUCUUCAUAAUCUUCCUUCUUCAACGGAAGAUUCUUCUCUCCUCUGAUUCCGUGAGUCAGCCAAUUUCCUCAUUACUAAACCCACCAACACUGCAAUUGCAUUUCCUCUCUUUGGAUUAUAAUUCUGCAAUCAAAUUUCAUAUUGGUUGAUGAAGAAUUGAGAGCAGAGAGGAAACAUGGAAUUCAACAAUGGCGAGCAACCAAAUGGAGAGGAAAGCAAUGAGAUAGAGCAAUACAAAGUCCGUAUUAUGAGAGCCCAUGUCGAAAGAGAAGAUCCCUCUGCCAAGGAAGUGGAUGAUUUGAUGAUCAGGAGAUUUUUGCGUGCUCGUGAACUAGACGUUGAGAAGGCUUCUACCUUGUUUCUUAGGUACCUAAGCUGGAGGCGAUCAUUUCUCCCUAAUGGUUUUAUAUCUCCAUCAGAGAUUCCACAUGAACUUGCCCAAAACAAGUUGUUCAUGCAAGGUGUUGAUAAGAAGAAUCACCCUAUAGUUGUUCUUUUUGGUGCCAAACAUAAGCACUACAAAGGAAAUCUGGAGGAGUUCAAGCGUUGUAUAGUCUUCACCCUUGAGAGAAUAUGUGAAAGAAUGCCAACAGGACAGGAAAAGUUUGUGGCCAUUGCAGAUCUUGAAGGAUGGGGAUACACUAACAGUGACGUUCGCGGAUAUAUAGCAGCACUAUCAAUACUGCAGGAUUGCUAUCCAGAGAGGUUGGCCAAAUUGUUCAUAGUCCAUGUGCCUUACAUAUUCAUGACUGCAUGGAAGAUUAUUUACCCAUUCAUUGACAGCAAAACGAAAAAGAAGGUAUGGAAUGUAUUUCUUUUCAAGGAAUAUAUGAUCCUGAUUGGUAUUUGUUUAUUUUGUUCCCAACAUGUUUCUAUUCUUCUAACCAGUUUGACAAAAUUUAGAAGAUGUUCUUUAAAAAAUAAAUUGAAAAGAGCUUUAGUAAAUAUUUUUAGGAUUAGUGUCCCUAGAUAUGAAUACAACUCAACUCAACUAAGUUUUUAUCUAAAAAAUUUGGGGUCGGCUAUAUGGAUUCGCUUUCUCCACUCUGAACGAUUUUGGGUUAAAUCCUCAGAAAUGUGUAAUGCUUUUAGGUCAUGUUGUACUACUCUCCUCCAAGUCAAUUUAGGUCUACCCAUUUUUUUCUUUCUAUUCUCUAACCUAAUGUGCUCUACUUGUCUAAUUGGAGUCUCCGUAUGUCUACGCUUCACAUAACCAAACCACCUCAAUCUUCCUUCUCUCAACUUAUCUUCAAUUGGCACCACUCCUACCUUUUCUCUAAUACUCUCAUUACGGACUUUAUCUAGUCUAGUAUGGCCACUUAUCCACCUUAACAUUCUCAUUUCUGCAACUCUUAUUUUAGAUGUAUACGACUCUUUCAGUGCCCAACACUCACUACCAUAUAACAGUCCCUAGAUAUGAAUAAAUGAUUUGAAAUCAGAAGUUGAGAUAUCUUAGGGUCCAGGAAUUCCUCAAAUCUAAAAAUGCAAUAAAUAUCAUAAUCUUACGAUGUUUUUUGUUUUAAAGUUUCAGAAACUUUAGAAUUUCACUGAGUAAGCAUAAUUUGCACAGAUGGUUCUUUUUUAUUUAUUUUGUUCACUGUUUUCAGCAUGUGAGUACAUGGUUACCAAAUUUCUGCAGAUAAAUUUUGUUGAGAAUAAAAAAUUAAAAUCCACUCUGCUUGAAGACAUUGACGAGAGCCAGCUUCCUGAUGUAUAUGGAGGCAGACUAGCAUUAGUUCCUAUCCAAGACAGCUAACUUGAUGACUUGCACCAAUUGGAUGUUUCAGCAGCAUUCUGCUGUACAAUUGGUUGGCUUCAGGAACCAAACCUGAUGACAAUGAUAGUUCAUACCCGCAUAUUUUUCUUCUCCCGUUGGCUUUUCCACGGGUUUGUAGUCCUUCAAUAUGAGCCAUAUAAUCUGGGAUCAUAAAUGUAAUUUUAACUCUUUUGGAUAGUCUAUAGUCUAUAUGGUUAAAUAAAGAAAUAUAUGCCCCAUUAUAGAAGGGGUCUUAUUGUAUUCAUCAUGUUACCAUUGAACCACCUAGUCAAAUUACAACAAUUUCAAGUA